AUGGCGGAGUUCGUAGGGAACGAUAUGAUGCCCCUCAACAUGAUGACCAAGGCUGGGUUUAUGGCUUCGGAAGUGCAGAUGGUAGGAGGGGGGGACCUUGAAAUGGAGCCUCCAACCAGCAGCAGUACAGAAACAAAAAUGCUUCUUACCCUCAACCAUGAUCAAAGAUUAAAAUCUCAGGAUGGUUUCCCUAUGGAGCAGGACCCUCUCGCAACUGAACCAAAAGACGCACAGGGGUUUGCUGCUGAUGCCCAAGUUCUGCCUAUUUUUUCAUCGGUCCAGAAAACCGAGCCUCCAGGUUCAGAGCUGGAACACGUAGGAAGGCCAGUCCAGGUGGAGCCUCAGCAGGCUAACAUUAGUACCGCCGAGAACACCGCUUAUAGCCCAUCCUCCUCAGAUGAAGCCGUGGCUUCUCUACAGCUCAGGGUGUGGGAGAGGAUUGAUCCUGUGAAAGAAAAUAAUAACCCUCUCCAGUUAAAGCUCAAACUGGCCCCUUUAGAGCAGGAAGUCAUGAGACCCUGUUCGGUCCAGUUGGUGGAUCUGUUGGCGGUGUCCAACUCCGGAUACGCAAACAACCCCAUAGAUUUUUUUAGCGGCCGUGAUGCUAACGGCAAAACGGGUUUGCCCGUGCCUAGAGAGCUGCGGCGCCAUCAGGGCCUCCACACUGGCCAUCGACUGUGCUGCUUCACCCGGUGUGAAAAUGACAUCUGGCGGCUUCAGAGCAUUGUGACCCACUCGCGUGACGGGUAUGCCUGCAACUCUUGUGACAAGAAGUUCAAGCGAAGAAAAAUUCUCCGGCGGCACGAGCGCUUCCAUACGGGGGAAAAGCCAUACUCUUGUUCCCAGUGUUCAAAGGCGUUUGCCUUGAGGAAGAGUCUACGCCGCCAUGAGAGGUUCCAUACGGGGGAGAGGCCGCACAGCUGCCCUCAUUGUGGCAAAAGCUUCCGACUACGAGACAAUCUUAAAGCCCAUCUGAGGUUUCACACCGGAGAAAAGCCUUUUAUUUGCUCUACUUGUGGGAAGAGCUUCCGAAUUUCCAGAAAUCUCCAAAAACACAACUUGAGCCAGUGUGGAUUAAUUGUUCCUUCUUUCAGGAAGAUUGCUGGCUUGUAGAAAUAUGUUUUAAAUAGCUGCUUAAUAAGGUUGCACAGUUUUCUACCUCAGACGAAACAACAGAAAUGCUUGUGUGAACAGUUCAGACAUGAAGGGGAUUUGAAGUUAUGUAAUGAUUCAAGAUUGACCUUGCUACAGAUCCCUUUAUCUUAAGUUGUAAUUAUGAAGACUCAUUGCUCUCUCGGACUCUCAAGUUUAGAUUUGAUGGAAAAAGUAAACUGAAGGGGGCUGAAUUAUAGUGGUUAUGGAUAUGUUUUUUUGGGGGGGUUCAAUUCUGACUGACUACUGAUCUAAGUUGAUGUUUGUUUAUUUUGUUUUUUUUGUUUUUUGUUUUUAUUCCACUGCUGUGAAUGUGGAUUAUAGUGUUGAAUGGAACUAUGCAGCUGAGUUAGCAAUAUGGCUACAGCAUACUUUUUUUAGUUAACCAUCGCUUCUAACCUCAAGAAAUGUCUUGCACUUAGACAGCGAAAAAUUAAAAUGCAUCAAAACACCACGUCUUUAAACUUUAGACACACUAACAAAAUAAUUACAAAUGCUCUUACAGGCAGCAUUGGAGGUCAACAGGCUAUUGUUUGAUUGUUUUUUUUAAUUAUUAUUCUGUGACAUUUUGCUUAAGUGACAGUUUGAGCUACUCUUAUGCAUAUAAGAUCUCUAGCUUCUUCUGAAAUAUUUAAAGUGUAAUGGAAAAAUACAAAUUUGUACAUUUGUCUCAGUACCAAGGUACCUUGUGAAUUUGUUCAGUGUCACUUUUCAUCCUUGUAAAUACUGGUAGUUAUUCAGUUGUUACCAACAGUUGUGUUACUAAUCCAUGGGCAUUACGAUAUCUUGUAUUUUACUGUUGGGGGCGAGUAAGAGUUUGGAAAGAAAUGACUACCACCAAAGCUUUUUUUUUUCUUUUAAAGUCUUUCACUCUUUUUCUUUAAGUUUUUGUUUUUAUUGGUAAUCAGUACUGUAACUAUUGAAUGUGUGUGACUUACAAAGAUAUGUAUCUCCGUACAACAUUCCAUUUAUGUAUUCACAUUUAAAGGGGUUUGAUUCUAAACAAAUAAAAACUGUUUUAAAAAUAGGGGUUGAUAACUAUUUGGUAAAUUUCACUAACAAAAAAAAAAACCCCCAACAAAAACACAGAGAAUAUUUUGUGCCACCGGAAACUUGGGUUUUGGUUAAAUUUGAUUGAAGUGAAAUGUUUCCAGAGCCGUUUACUCCUUUAAUGCUGAUUCUGAAUUGAAAAAGUAAAUUUUUUUUAAGUGAUUAAAGAUUUUU